GAGGUUGAUUUUUUCUAAUUAAAAAAGAGUGAGGUUGAUUGAACUAAACAAAUAUAGUAAUCAAAACAGUAAUGAAAAUUGAAUAAAAGCAAAGUCAUGAUUGAACAACUGUACUCCUCCUUCACGUUCAUUUCCUAGUUUUUGUUUUUUAAACCCCCCCCUCCCUGGCAGUUUCUUCCUCCACGUAGGUCCCACAAAAAACACAAACAAAAAAUGAAACCAAUCAUCAAUCACAUUUCAUUAAUUCAUCAUCCAUUCUCAAUAAUUAGUCAAUACUCAAACAACUUCUGAUUCUAACCACAACCUUAAACAAGAUUCUGUCCCUGUUGUUCCUCUUCUGUUAACUCAGAAUUGGAACACAAACACAAAUUAAAUCUUUCUCUUUUUGCUUAAAACAUGGAAAUGGUUCCAUAUUCUGACCCAAACACUGCCACAACUCCAGCAUGGCAAGACAUGUUCCGAUCCGCAUCCUCAAAACAACCAUCCACCACAACAUCACCCCACGCGCCGUCAAACACAUCACACGCUCCAUCCAACAUUCCCCACGCGCGGCCCCCAACUCAAACCGACACCGACCCAGAUGGAAAAAACACAUUUUCCGGUGAUCCCCAGGUGAGACUCGCUCUAUACAUAGCCAUGGCACAUAUGGGUCUUGCUUUCGCCAUUUUCAUUCUCUACACUGUUUCAAAGCUCUUAGAACAGUACCUUAGACCUCUUCAAUGGGCGGUGCUUUGUUCAAUUCCUCUUAGAGGAAUUCAACAGACCAUUGUUUCAUUCUGGACUGAGCCUCUCAUGAUGGGUCUCACAGAAACUGUUCUUGCUGUUCCUGUUGCUGUUUUCAGGGUUUUUGUUGGUACCUUAGUUGAGAUUCGUGAAGCUUUGUUUAGAUUCAUUAUGAGAAAACCAAAGCCUCAGAAUCUUCAUCCAAGUAGAAAACGUAGUGGAUUUUCAAAUUUGCUUCGUUUGUUAGUAUCUUUUGGGAUAUUCAUUAUUGCUUAUGAGAAACUUGGUGGUUUUGGUGCUUCAUCACUUAUAGGGUUAGGUUUUGUGUUUAGUUCUAAGAAUGUGGAUUCAACUAUGCAUACUUUGUCUUCUCUAAGGACUAAUAGUUUCAGGAGAAGUGCUAUUAGUGCUUUUUUCACUAGAAGGGUUGUGAGGAAAUUGAAGAUUCUUGUUGCAAUUGGGCUUAUUGUUGUUAUGAUUGUAGGGUUUUUGACUGGUGUGAUUUUCUUUUCUUAUAAGAUUGGUGUUGAAGGUAAAGAUGCUGUUGUUUCUCUUAAGUUGCAUGUUGAAGAGAGUAAUUAUUCUGAGAGAAUUGGUGUUAAGAAGUGGAUGGAGGAGAAUGAUGUUGCUGGAAUGGUGGAUAAUUAUACCACUAAGUUUUAUGAGACUGUUUCGGAUCAGAUUGAUGGUUUGGCUGUUCAGUAUAACAUGACUGAAUUCGUGACCGGGAUUAAGCAUUUUGUGAUAUCAACUCCUGCUAACUCUUCAACACCUUCAAGUGCUUUGAUCGAACCUUCACCAUACACAGAAAAGUUCUUGAGUUUGAAAACCCGGGUUAAGGACCGUGAGUGGAGUCAAAUUUACACGGAACUUGAUUCACUUUUUCGAGAGCUUGUGAUCACCCGGGAGGAUUUGGUUGAGAAGGCAAAAGGGUUUGCCUUUAAAGGUAUCGAUGUAUCUCAACGUAUUUUCGCGAGUAGUAGAACGGUGGUUGGAAGCAGUUCAAAAUUUAUGUUGUCCAUUGCUUAUUCAAUAGUCUCUGGAGCUGCUGAAGUUUUCAACUUUGUAUCUCAAACAAUGGUGUUUAUUUGGGUUUUGUAUUAUCUCAUUACAUCGGAAUCCGGCGGAGUAACUGAACAAGUGAUGCAUAUGCUUCCAAUUUCAAGCAAAACUAGAGUCAGAUGUGUUGAAGUUUUGGAUAAAGCUAUUUCAGGUGUACUUUUGGCCACUGCUGAGAUUGCAUUUUUCCAAGGAUGUCUUACUUGGCUUUUGUUUAGGUUAUACAAAAUUCAUUUCUUGUACAUGUCGACUGUACUUGCAUUCAUCAGUCCUUUGCUGCCGAUAUUUCCAUCUUGGCUUGCAACGAUUCCGGCAGCCGUGCAACUAGUGAUGGAAGGAAGAUACAUACUGGCCGUUUUCUUGUCUGUUACUCACCUUUUUCUCAUGGAUUAUGGCGCGUCAGAGAUUCUCGAAGAUGUACCUGGGAAUAGUGCUUAUCUUACUGGACUCAGCAUCAUUGGGGGAAUGACAUUGUUCCCAUCAGCUCUUGAGGGAGCUAUUAUGGGACCAUUGAUAACUACAGUGAUGAUUGCUUUGAAGGAUUUAUAUGCUGAAUUUGUUUUGGAAGAACCUAAGGACAAGACCAAGAAAAAAACUAGCUAAGCUUCUUCCACCUUUGUUUAUAUAAAACUAUUUAUUGGCAGUUGAAGUUUGGUGUAAGUAAUUGGCAUUGCUUGUUGCCUUUGUUGGUGAAGUUUGCAUUUUAAAUUGUGAGAGUUGCUCAAUGGUCAAUCCUUUUUCUCUUAUUUAUUUGUAUCAUAAGAUUAUUAUAAAUGGCAAAGAGUAGGUCUUUUUUUUAUUGGUUUUA